CUCAUCCACCUUCUAGACUCCUUGUACGCUUCUCUCUCGUUGCCCCUGGCUUCUCCCUCGACAUCUAUCGAUAGGCCCACACUUCAUUCUCUCCACAUGGCCAGCCUCGACAACCUUCCCAAAACUUUCAAAGCCAUCAGCAUCUCAGGGCCUAACCAGCCCUGGGAGGUUAAGGAGCUCCCGCUCCAGCAGCCCGGGUCAAACCAGGUCCUCGUCCGCGUACACGCGUGUGGUAUCUGCGCCUCGGAUCGCUGGGUCAAGGAGGGCACCUGGCCCGGCCUGCAGUAUCCGCGCAUCCCGGGGCACGAGAUCGUCGGCCGCGUCGCCGCGCUCGGCGAAGGCAUCGUCGCCAUGCAAAAGGACGACGAGGCACGUGGGCUCGUUCAGACAGGCAACGCGCGGUUCCAGCUCGGUGGCCUCGUCGGCGUCGGCUGGAACGGCGGCUACUGCGGCUCGUGCGUGUCGUGUCGCGAUGGCGAAUACUGGACGUGCUUGAAGGGCGAUGUGACCGGAUUCACGUUCGAUGGCGGUGUUGCUGAAUAUGUUGCAGUGCCUUAUAAUGCACUUGUCUCGAUCCCCGAGUCCGCGCUCGAUAACGCCGACUACGCCGAGCUCGCCCCACUUAACUGUGGCGGUGUCUCCGUCUACGACGCCAUCCGGACGUCCAAGUGGAAGCCGGGCGACCUCUGCGUCGUCCAGGGCAUCGGAGGCCUCGGGCAUCUCGCCGUUCAGUAUGCCGCCAAAAUGGGCCUCACGGUCUACGCCGUCUCCUCCGGCUCGUCGAAGCGCGACCUCGCGCUCUCGCUCGGUGCGAAAGAAUACAUCGACUCCUCCGCGUCGGACGCCGUCGCGCAGAUCCAGGCGCUCGGCGGCGCGAAGCUCAUCCUGUGCACGGCGCCGUACGCCAAGGUGAUCACGGGCAUCCUGCCCGCGCUCGCGAAGAACGGCACGGUGACGAUGGUGUCCGCCGCGAUGGACGGGGAGGUGCAGGUCGGGAACGUGUGGCUGAACAUGCACCGCGCGUGCGUGCGCGGGUGGUGCUGCGGCGCGAGCGCGGACUCGGAGCAGGCGCUGAGGUUCUCGACGAAUGUGGGGAUCAAGAGUGUUGUGGCGAAGUUUGCGCUGGAGGAGUAUGCGAAGGCGUACGAGGCGGUGAUGGAUAACAAGGCGCGGUUGAGGAAUGUGAUUGUGUUCCCUUGAACGUUGGAUGGAAGGGGAAUGUGCAUAGGAUCAUAGGUUGAUCGGUACGGAAGAUAGACCAAUAGAUAGAUACGCGCAAGCAUGUAUAGAUUCAUCGCAUUUUCUUGCAAUUCACGAGCAUAUGUUGCAAUCU